AUAGGGUAAAAGAGAAAGAAAGGAGGACCGGGAAAGUGGGAGAAAAUGGUGGCGAUUUCUUUGUACAGGGGAAACCUACACAGACUUACGGACGUGCCUUGGCGAUGGCUAAUGCCGACCCGUAACAUCUCCCUAAAGGACUUUAAGAUUCUCUUGCAACGCCGCAACAAAGCCCUCUCUCGUCUCCAUUCAGCCGCCUCGUCUAACCCUAACCCUGAUUCGAUCCCGCAAAUUGAAACCCCUAAAGUUGAUGGCUCUACUAGGGAUGCCAAAGUGGAAGGAGAAAGAUCGGAUGCUUCGAAACGUGAGGUUCAGGCGGAUGUUACAAACAAGGGAGGAGAAUCCGACUGUAAUGAUUGCUCUGAGAAGCCUGUUGAUGAGCCUGAAUUGAAGCCUGUUGGUGAGCCUGAAUUGAAAACUGGUGAUGAGCCUGAAUUGAAGCCUUGUAAUGAGCCUGAAUUGAAGCCUUGUAAUGAGCCUGAAUUGAAGCCUUGUAAUGAGCCUGAAUUGAAGCCUU